AUGGAGUUUUUAUCUCAACAUCCACAGCAAGAACAUGAUGAUCAGUCAGGAAACUUAAGAGAGUUGAUGAUCAUUGACACCAAAAAAAGUGGUGAAAUAAUCGAAAUCCAAAUGCAUCAUGACCAUCAAGAAGAAACAAACAUGACUAGUAGUGCAACCACUAAAAAUUGUUACAUGUUUCUUCUAGGAAUUAACUAUAUGUUACUUUUUGUUGGUUCGAUUUCAUCGUCCUUACUCUCAAAAUUCUAUUUCAAUCACAAAGGUGAUAGUCGAUGGGUUUCUACUUGGGUCCAAUCUUCUGGAUUCCCUCUUCUCCUUUUUCCAAUUUAUUUACCUUUCUAUGUUUUUAAAUCAACUCAUAGAAAACCAUUUACAAAUUUCACUCCUAAAAUCUGGUUUCUUUCUAUUUUAAUUGGUCUCUUCUUAGGUCUCAACAACCUUUUAUUUUCUUGGGGCAAUUCUUAUCUCCCCGUAUCGACUAAUUCUCUUGUUUUAUCGUCACAGUUAGUGUUCACUCUCAUCACUUCUGUCAUUAUUGUCAAACAAAAAAUUACAUACACAAAUCUCAAUUGUGUUAUUUUACUAACCCUUAGUUCUGUUCUAUUGGCCUUAGGUUCGAAUCAUGACAAACCAGAGGGUUUGACGAAAACAAAGUAUUUUAUAGGAUUUUUCUCCACGAUUGGUGCUGGAUUGUUAUUUGCUCUUUAUCUCCCAUUAAUGGAAAAAAUAUAUAAAAUAGUUUCUUGCUAUUCUAUGGUUGUGGAAAUGCAAAUGGUGAUGGAAUUAGCAGCUACAAUUUUGGCAACAUUGGGAAUGAUAAUAGAUGGUGGAUUUUUGGACAUGAAAAAAGAAGCCAAAAGUGUGUUUGAUUUAGGUGAAAAAGCUUAUUGGUUAACGGUGAUAUUUAACGUGGUGACAUGGCAGUUUUGUUUUAUGGGUACAGCUGGGAUGGUGUUCAUGACAAGUUCAUUGACCGGUGGAGUUUGCAUGACUGCGUUAAUGGCCGCUAAUGUUUUGGGUGGAGUUAUAGUGUUUGGGGAUAAUUUUGGUGGAAUUAAAAUAGUUUCGACCUUGUUAUGUGUUUGGGGAUUUUCUUCCUAUUUGUAUGGAAUGUAUAUGAAAAGGAAGGAGGAGGAGGAGGAGGAGAAAAAGAAAGACGAUUCUUUAGAGAAAUUAAUUAAUAAUGAUAAAGAGGAUGAUCAAUCAGAGGAAAUAACAGAGAUUGUAACGCACAAUACAUGA